GCUCGUGGCUUCGUCGCUGCUGCCGCGCGCCUCCGUUCCAUUCCCCCGCUCUCCAUCUGCUUCAUCCGCGCCCUCUCCUGCCGACAAAACCACACCUGAAUAGCUCAUCAUCACCUGAGCUGAACCUGUUUGAGAGAGAGAAGUUAGUUGGCCAUCAUAUCCCGCCCUCGUUAGAAAAAGAAAGAAAGAACGAAAGGAGGAGGAGGAGGGAGAUAGCUAAGGCCGUCGCUAAUGGUGUUCUACUACAAGGCGAGGCCGGACGCCGGCGACUACACCAUCUACAUGGGCGCCGACAAGAACGAGAACGAGGAGCUCAUCAAGUACGGCCUCCCCGAGGACGUCUGGUUCCAUGUGGACAAGGUAUCCUCGGCGCACGUCUAUUUGAGGCUCAAGAAAGGCGAGUCGAUAGAUAGCAUCUGCGAGGCUCUGUUGGAGGACUGUGCGCAGCUCGUAAAAGCUCAUUCCAUACAAGGAAACAAGAUGAACAAUGUUGAGGUGGUCUACACGCCCUGGUCCAAUCUCAAGAAGUCUCCAUCCAUGGAUGUCGGCCAAGUUGGUUUCCAUAAUCCCAGGAUGGUUCGUGUGGUGAUAGUAGAGAAGCGCGUCAACGAGAUCAUCAACAGGCUGAACAAGACCAGGGUAGAACGCCGCCCUGACCUGAAAGCCGAGAAGGACGCGUCGAACGCGGUGGAGAAGGCGGAGAGGAAGAUGCAGCUGAAGGACAAGAAGCGGCGGGAGGAGAUGGAGAGGCUGGAGAAGGAGAGGCGGGCGGAGAUACGGAGCUACAAGGGCCUGAUGGUCGCCGAGAAGAUGACGUCCAACCGCCAGAUCGCCUCCGCCGGCAAGUCGAUGCAGGAGAUGGAGGACGAGUUCGUGUGAUCCUCAUCCAUCGGGAUGCUAGCAGGAGAUGUUAGCUUCCCGUGUAUUGCGUGCGUGCGUGUGUGGCUGGUGCCACGUAUUCUAUGUACAUCAUACAUAUAUGAGUGCGUGAUCACUGGAACGAUUCCGGUAUAGUAGUAGCACAUCUCUGUACAUAUACAUGGUCCCUGGCAUGGGCACAGAUGAGAAAGAAGCUGGCAACGCGAAUUUCAGUA